AUGUCACCCGACAAGACUUUUACGCUGUCUGCAAUCAUACUAUUACCGUUUACCGAUCUGGAGUCAUCCUUUGGCCAUACUCGGGGCGUCAUCAUCAAGGGAAGAAUGACCGAUCGCCAGUCAUUGAAAAUCUUUAUCGACCCGUCAUUACACUACUCCAUCAACAGCUUGUGUAACACACACGUCGACAUGUCGUUGGUGAGAAACAUCUUGAUUGCACGUAUGAAGUCGACGACCUUUACCCGAGACUUUUGCCUGAGUAAGGACGAAUGGUACCGAGUCGCCGCUGGGUCCAUAGCGAUACUCGCCUGGUUUGGGCUGAGCUUGUUCUUCUGGAUGAGAUGGAGUGAUCGGCUUAACGCUCUGCAUGAGACGGAGGCGCUCGCUGCGGCUGAGAAAGACCAACCCAGAACGGUUGAUGCUGUCGCUGAGGAGACUCAAAGGUGA